UGUGUUCGCGCGACGUUUGUGUUGCUCUAGAGGAGCUCGGGCGUUUCAAGUGUAGUUAAUAAUAGUGUCCAAAAUGUCGAACAUUAGACUCCAGACUUUUCGGAGCUUUUUAACUGAGCGCUUUACCGCCGUGGCUGUGGAGGUGUUCGGUGAAGUUGAAAGUAUCGUUGGGGCGUACUGUGAGGAAAACAAGCGCCUGCGGAACCUUCUGCACAUGGUCCUCAGUCCCGAGAUAAAGUUACACAGGAUAGAUAUUAAUAAAUAUGAUGGAGAACAGCCCUCAGAGCCAAGCACCAGGGUGGACCUUGAAAUAUCAGAGCUGCUAACUAAAAAUCCUAAAGCAGAGCAAAUAGAGUACGACAUAAGUUGGGAACAGCAAGCAGGACUGGCUGAAGCUGACAGCUUUAUUACACCAGGCUGUGUUAAAGAAGAGCAUAUUGAAUGUGACAUAAGUUUGGAACAACAGCCGGGGGUGGCUGAAGCUGACAAAUUUAUUACGUCAGACUGUGUUAAAAAUGAAUUGCAAGAAGAGGACGAAGAAGACCUCUCUGACAUGUACCAGAUUCAUGUGGUGGAUGCCAGACUCGAGUCCUCAGCUACUAUUUCAGCUGAUGAAGGGAGUCAAAAUGAAAACUGUUCCUCAGAUGAGUCAGAAGCAGAUCGCCAGAGUGAAGAAAGGACAAAUGAGAGCCAUCAACUUCAAAGGUGCUCCAAAACUUCAAAGGCAAAUAGGAAGCCAGUGUGCCCCUUACAGAAAACCAUGCUGGAAUUUCCAAGAUCGAUGCCCAUGAAUUCUUUCACUGAUAUCACAUCUGAAAGCCGGUCCUUUUUAGAAAGGCUCACCAAAGCCUUUAAGGAUGUUCCUGAUGACCAGAAGCCUCUGAUAACCAAAAUGGGCCUCACAGCAGAUGUGGAACUGGUGGACUGCGCUUUUGGUAAAGUUCCCAAAGGUUCCCCCCUAUCCUACCAGUGCCCCGUGCCAUCAAGUCGGGAUUAUAAGUUCAAGGAUGAUGCUCCUCCUCUGCCACUGCUUCCUCUGCCUCAUCACAAACUGGAGCCAGUGUCUGUCCUUCCUUCUCUCAGUGCUAAGGAGCAGGAACAUGUAAAUGUCAUGCAGGUCACCUGGGAAGAAGCACACAAUCUCGAGCGAUCCACACGUGGCUGUAAGUCGAAUGUAGAGGAGCUUCGGAAGCAGCGCUUGAUCAGCCAUUUCAGAGAGAUUUGCAAACUUAAACCGGGAAGGAGCAAUGCAGAGCAGCUGACAUUCAAGAUUCAGAAAGGAAUCUCUAGGUGCAAAUCAGCACAGAUAGAGGAGGAAAUGAAGAGUGAAGUUUUCCGGGAAUACUGUCAGCACAUGUGUGUCAACUGGUACCCCUGUGGUUUGGUUGUUCAUCCGAAUGCUCCGUGGCUGGGGGUGAUUCCUGAUGGGUUGGUGUACGAUCCCAAUGAGACCAGCAGUUUUGGGCUGGUGCAUGCUAAAUUCAUCAGUUUUCAGAGCUUUGCUGACUGCGCUUUCCUGAUCUGUCGGGAUGGAGUCUUACAGUUGAAGAAGGACCACUCGUACUAUUGGCACAUACAGGGAGAGAUGAUGGUGACCGGCACGUCAUGGUGUGACCUGUUGGUGUUCUCCAGGGAAAACAUGCUGGUUCAACGUAUAUACCGUGACACGGUCAUCAUCAACAUCAUGAAGAAGAAGUUGGAGGAGUUCUUUUUCUAUUACUACUUGCCAGCAAACGUUAAGCUUUCGAUGGUAUCGUCACACUAGUGGUUUUUAACCUAUGGGUCAGAUUAAUGGCCAACAUAAGCUGGCACAGUGCAAUUUUUUAUUUUUUUUUUCACUUUAUCACAAAGAAACCUGAAACACUGCUGUAGCAUGUUAUAUUUUCUCUCCUUUCUUCACAAUAAAAUCAUUUCACUUGUUCAGCUUUUAAUCUGAAGCAACAGCAGCAGCAGGAAAUGUUUGCUGCACGUGAGCAGCAACUUAGCUCAGGUUCAUACAUGAAAUGAUCAGUAUACAGUAUUUUGAGCCAAGCAGAUGCACAAGAGUGAAACUAAAGAUUUCUCUCUGGUCUCUACCACACUGCCUGGGUUCACUAUUCUACAAAGGAGGCUAUGGCUCUGUAUGUUGGAAAAUGCAUAUUCCUAAGAUGUGCUAAGGCUAAAUUGGACCAAGCAAGUGGAAAAACCCAAAUACACUAUGUUUGGUUGCAGGUUUUAACAGAUUACACAUGACUUGAAAGUUAGCUUUUCUAGUGACAUGAUUAUAUAUGUAACUUUCACAUUGCAUUUUAUUGACCACAGGAAAUGUAUGUUUUACCUACACUUUUUAAUUUGUUGCAUUAAAGUUUUUUUUUUUUCCGAAUCUGCCAGAUCACUGAUAAGGUUAUUAUUUUUCACGUUUCCCUUCUUAAUACUCCGUUAUUCCAUGUUCUAGUGCUGUAUCCACUGAAGAUUAUUUUAUUGAACUGAUCAGUUUACCAGUAAGUUACAGUUAUUUGAUUAUA